UGGGAGCAUAAGACAUGAAUAUAAUUUUUUAAAAUCCAGCACACCAUCAGUGAACAUGACGCCAGCUCUGCUCCUGAAGGCAGCAGCUAUGAUCCAGCCGCCAAUUGAAAGGCGUCACACUCAGAUCUGGCCUCCAAAGUGACAAUCACACUUACUAAAAUUCAGUUGUUUUUUUUUUUUUGAGGUUUCUCUCUGAUGAGCUGCAGGCCUGGUGGCUUUCCCACCACACAGUUGCCGAGUGACGCAAUAAUUUGAGGGUUUUGAACCACAGCGCUGACGUAGGACCGGAUGGCUUCACAUGGAGCUCCUCACCUCUGAAAUCCACUUUAAUUGGAGGGCAGGACAGGCGGCGCUGCGACACAUGGAGCAUGAGAGGCUGGAGCUGAGGAUCAGCUGACCCCUCUCCCCUUCUCCAUCUCCUCCUCACCCCUCCUCUUGCUCCGCUCGAUCGACGUCGCCUUCUUUUCCUCCUCACCCCGUCCCGCCUCACCCUGUUGGAUCCCGUCCGACCUCCCCCCUGCCCCCCUGCAAGCCUCACUCAGCAGGGCCCGAUGUAUUCCCCGGAGCAGGAAAACAUCUCCACCACCUCGUCCACCAAAGUGCCAGUGAAGUACGGGGAGCUCAUUGUGCUGGGGUACAAUGGUUCUCUGCCCAACGGGGACCGAGGUCGACGUAAAAGCCGCUUCGCACUUUACAAGAGGCCGAAGGCAAACGGGGUGAAGCCCAGCACAGUUCACGUCGCCUGCUCUCCACAGGCAGCCAAGGCCAUAAGCAACAAAGACCAGCACAGCAUCUCUUACACUCUGUCCCGAGCCCAGACUGUGGUGGUGGAGUACACUCACGACAGCAAUACUGAUAUGUUCCAGAUCGGCCGAUCGACAGAGAGUCCGAUAGACUUCGUGGUGACGGACACUGUGGCUGGCAGCCAGAGCAACUCGGACACUCAGUCGGUCCAGAGCACCAUCUCCCGCUUCGCAUGCCGCAUCAUGUGCCAGCGCACGCCGCCUUACACAGCUCGCAUCUACGCCGCGGGCUUUGACUCCUCAAAGAACAUAUUCCUAGGGGAGAAAGCUGCGAAGUGGAAGACGUCCGAUGGACAGAUGGACGGGUUGACCACCAACGGCGUCCUGGUGAUGCACCCUCGCAACGGCUUUAUGCAGGACUCCAAACCGGGAGUAUGGAGGGAGAUCUCGGUCUGUGGGAACGUCUUCACCCUGCGAGAGACCCGCUCGGCACAGCAGCGGGGCAAAAUGGUGGAGACCGAGUUCCAGGAGCUCGUCGACGGCUCGCUCAUCGACCUCUGCGGCGCCACCCUGCUGUGGCGCACCGCCGAGGGACUCUCCCGCACCCCCACCCUCAAACACCUUGAGGCACUGCGGCAGGAGAUCAACGCGGCCCGCCCGCAGUGCCCCGUGGGAUUCAACACGCUGGCUUUCCCCUCCAUGCGCCGCAAAGACACGCCCGACGAGAAGCAGCCCUGGGUCUACCUGCAGUGCGGCCACGUGCACGGCUACCACAACUGGGGCAACCACCGCGAGGAGAGGGAGGGCCGGGAGGGCCGGCUGCGAGAAUGCCCCAUGUGCCGGGCGAAGGGCCCCUACGUGCCGCUGUGGCUGGGCUGUGAGGCGGGCUUCUACGUCGACGCCGCUCCGCCCACACACACCUUCAGCCCCUGCGGACACGUCUGCUCGGAGAAAACGGCGACCUUCUGGAGCCAGAUCCCGCUCCCGCACGGCACCCACACCUUCCACGCCGCCUGUCCUUUCUGCGCCCAGCAGCUGAGCGGCGAGCAGGGCUACAUCAGACUCAUCUUCCAGGGGCCCCUCGACUAGCAGCGGGGGAAACUCCUCGGCACGCUUCGGAGGAUCCGGACGGGACGAAAGUUCCCUGCUGAUGUUUUUCUCUCUGGACCUUUUGCCUCUGUCUCCUUUUUAAGUGACCUUUGUAUUGCUUUUUUUCAUGAAUGACAAACAGAUUUCUAUAUUUUCAUGAAACCAGAGACACAAAAAAACAAACAAAGAACACUGCUGGGUAAACUUUGUGUCACGGGGAGAACUUUCAACUGUAUUUAUCUGACGUACUGACACGGCGUUAGCGGUUUUUAUUCAUGUAUUUGUUGCAAUACACGUGUACAUCUCUCAGAGCCUAUUUAAAGAAAUGUGUUUAUUUAUGACCCAGGAUGUUGCUUCAACCUUUAUCCCUCAUCCAUAAGUAAUUUUCGUUGAAAAUCCAGCGUAUUUGUUCGUCAGACCUGAUUUUUUGGGCGUGCUCCAAGAGUUUCGUUCCGUGUCUUUCCUCUCCCUCUCUGUCCACAUUCACCCGUCGAAGCCGUUCCAUGUAUUUAUACACCUUGUGUCCCGGUGUUCGCUCUCAUCGGUUACCUUCACAGACGUUUCACUCUCAGAGCAAUAGAAACCUCCUCGAGCAUCAAACGGAGGCACGUUUCUCGACGCCUGCUCGCCCUCCGCCCUCCCUUUAACGAGCGACUUCGUCCCGAUCAGCCGUCAGCCAUAAAAUGACAACGAGGAAAACAAAAAACGCAAAUAUGUAGCCGUGGACUCGCACUCUAAGCUGAACUGUUGUUUUGUUUCUCUUUUAUUUUAAUCAUAGAGGAGCUCCCAGAUAGAAAGUGGUGGCACUAAUGUUUAACAGAUUGUUCAUGCUGCGUGGCUCAUGUGACGUUAGUGAAGGUCAGUGUCAGAUACAGACAAGUAUAAUAAGAAACCGCCAGGAUGUCAAAUUGCUUCCUGGUGCCUCCAGGAGUAACAGUGCCCUCUGCUGGUGGCUUUUGAAACACACAAACACACAGGGCCCUAAUUUGGGCCUUUGUUUUGAAGCAAACUGAGACAAUUUAUAGUAAUUUUUCUCCUACAUUUGGUUCAGAGAUGCACCAAUCAGACUCAUGUUGAUCUGUCUGUAUUUUUAGACAAAAAAAAGUCCCACAUAUUGUUUGAUCGAGGCCAACAGAAAAUGACCAGAUUGCUCCUACAUGCGCAUUAAAGUUCAGUGUUUGGUGGACUGAUUGUAAACUGACAAAGUGGGCCAAGUUCUUCUUUGUAGCCGUCACACUUACAGACUAAAACGGCUCCUUAAUUUUAAAACACUUCUAAAAAAAAAAAAGAGAGAAAAAGUACAUUUUUACCUCUUGAACUACUGACCGCCGAUCGGAAGUGAUCAGAGAAAGAUCUUCCAAUUCCGAUCUCUGGCUAAUUGAUCGGCGCGUUUCCACUCUGACUGAACGAUCACGGCACAGAGGGUUUGACUUCCUGGGCCGCAAGAAGAGAUGCGCAUUGAUUUCCCCCCCCCCCAGGUCUUUGUGACAAUUUGUGCUUUUCAGAUAUCGUGUGAUUUUCUGAGACACAGAUUAUCAGGGCUGCCUGUUCUUUUCUUUUUACUAAACCGGUUCUCAUAAAUGCUUAAUGAGAACAACAAUGCAUUUUUACUUUUUUUUUUCUAGAUCAAGACUGUGUGAGAUACUCCACAUAUAAUAUGAUUUAGUAAAAACAUAAAACAGUAUGGAAUUUUCCCAAAAUUUUUACAAAAGCAAACAUUCAUUCUGCUGAUAAAAUAUUGAUGUGUACAUCAAUGUACAGUAUUAUAUUACGUAUUUAUUUAUUUAGAAUGAAGAAUAAACACAAGUAAAUACAGUAGCCAUUUUUUAUGUUUGCUGCAUAGACAGUUAAGACUGUAUUAUUCUUUAUAUAGUAACACACAAAUAGCAAGAUUGAUAUUAGUUUGGUAAGUCAAACUGGUUGCUUUUGGACACUAGCCUGAAGUCUGCUGCUUUAGAGACAUGCUGUUUUCUGUUUGCCACUUCUACUUUUAAAAUGUCCUUAAUUUGGGUGGCACUUUUUUAGACGAGCCCUCCGGUGGUUUCAACGCGAGGCUCAGGAGAAACGGAGCAAAUGUGACGGUCAGACAGCAGGGAGGCAGGGGGUUGUCCCGUCAGACCGUCAGUUCCCGAAACCACACACUAGCGAAAGCCGGUCGGGGUCAGCCGGACCGCGCACAGAGUAAAAAACUUGUGGCGUCCAAAUGACCCCCCAUCUCUUAAGACCGUGGGAGGAUUUUAAGACCUGGGCUAUUUUUUGUGCAAACGUUAGCAUAGCCCAACAUCUGACUUUCUUUCUUGUAAGCAAGGAAGAAAUGUGAUAGCUUUCCUCCAGCCAGCAGACUGACACUUUCUCAAGCAAAUCAUUAAUAGACGUUACGUUAUCGGAAAGCGUUGAUAGAUUUUUGGACCCUGACUUGCCGUACCGUAAUAAAAUUCCUGCUGCACACCAGAAGCUUUCAAGUUGAACUAUGCAUCCGCCCUCUUCCCUGAGAAUAGAUUUAACUAAGGCAGUCCUGAUGUCACUUUUUCUUUUUUAAAUAAAUAAAAAGCACAGAUCCUCCCAAACUCCUACUGCCUCGCACGCGUCGGCGCGACCCGCAUUAGCGAGACACUGAAGCUGUAGACAAAAACCGAAGCGUCUCUUCCAACCCGCGCGCCCUCAGGUCCUCGCGGAGCCCGAAGCCUCGCCGGUAAACCGGUCGUUCUGUGUUUGUAUGCAAGAAAGAGAGAGAUUGUAAUUUAACGGGUUGAUUGUAUGUGUUCAGUUUCUGCUCCACGCCGUAGCUCUCCUCGUAUCCUCAGACCGCGGCACACUAACUCACCUCAGGGAGAAACCGAUGACCCCGUGCACGCGCCUGCACACCCUAUGCUACAGCCAUCUGAGGAUACGUCACCUUACAAGAAAAAAAAAAAAAACAAGAAGUGAAAAGACAAAGCUUCUGUCCUCUCCUUCACUCGGUCUUGUUUCAUGGUCUCUGUGUGAACAAAGGGCUUCCCUGUGUCUCUAUUUUGACUCAAGCAAAGGUUCAUCCCUCCAUCCUUUACUCACCUCUUCUCAUGUCUUUGUGCUUGUAAAAGGCAAAAAUCAAAGAAUGUUUCCAGCAAACACUUUUUUGUAUCAACUUUAAACAAUAAAGUGUAAAAGUGACACUUA